AUGGGGGUGGACUAUUACAAGAUUUUGCAGGUUGACAAGAAUGCCACGGAUGAAGAGUUGAAGAAAGCUUACAGAAAACUUGCCAUGAAAUGGCACCCCGAUAAGAACCCAACCAAUAAGAAAGAGGCUGAGACUAAGUUCAAACAGAUAUCUGAAGCCUAUGAGGUUCUAAAUGAUCCUCAGAAGAGAGCAAUUUAUGAUCAAUAUGGAGAAGAAGGGCUUAAAGGGCAAGUGCCACCUCCGGAUGCUGGUGGAGCUACGUUCUUCCAAAGUGGAGAUGGCCCAACUACGUUCAGGUUCAAUCCAAGAAAUGCAAACGACAUUUUUGCAGAGUUUUUUGGGUAUUCAAGCCCAUUUGGAGGAAUGGGAGGUGGUGGUGGUGGCGGCGGCAUGAGAGGUGGGUCCUUUGGUGGAAUCUUUGGUGAUGAUAUAUUUAGUUCAUUUGGAGAAGGGAGGCCCAUGAAUCAGGGUCCACGCAAGGCACCUCCCAUUGAAAAGACAUUACCUUGCACCCUUGAGGAGAUCUAUAAGGGUACUACCAAAAAGAUGAAGAUCUCUAGGGAAAUUGCUGAUGCAAGUGGGAAAACUUUGCCGGUGGAAGAAAUACUAACCAUUGAAAUUAAACCGGGGUGGAAAAAGGGGACAAAGAUCACAUUCCCAGAGAAAGGAAAUGAGCAGCCAAAUGUCAUUGCUGCGGAUCUUGUAUUUGUUAUUGAUGAGAAACCCCACAGCGUGUUUACAAGAGAGGGUAAUGAUUUGGUUGUGACGCAAAGGGUAUCACUUGCUGAAGCUCUAACAGGCUACACUGUCCAUCUUACAACACUAGAUGGCAGGGUUCUGAACAUUCCCAUAACCAAUGUCAUUCAUCUAAGCUAUGAAGAGGUUGUUCCCAGAGAAGGUAUGCCAAUUCCAAAAGAUCCUUCAAAGAGGGGUAACCUUAGGAUCAAAUUCAACAUCAAAUUCCCGGCAAGGUUGACGUCAGAGCAGAAAGUGGGAAUCAAGAAACUUCUGGCGCCAUAA